GCUGCCAUAUCAGUCUCGACGAUCAUUAUUUGCACUCACAUCUUUGCUGGAAUCGAAACAAGAGUUUUACACAGAUAAAUACCUUCUAAGGCUCCCAUUGUUGAAGUUUUUUACAAAAAUGUUUCGCUCGUGCGUGUCGAAGGCGGUCAUCUCGAGUCGCUGCUUCACGCGGAUGUAUUCGAAGGAGGUGCGCUUUGGACCCGCAGUGCGGGCCCUGAUGAUCCGGGGCGUUGACAUCUUGGCGGACACCGUGGCCGUGACAAUGGGUCCGAAGGGUCGCAGUGUGAUCCUGGAGCGAGCCUGGACCUCGCCGAAGAUCACCAAGGACGGCUUCACGGUGGCCCGCUCCAUCGCCCUGAAGGACCAGCACAUGAACCUGGGCGCCAAGUUGGUCCAGGACGUGGCCGACAACACGAACGAGUCCGCGGGAGACGGCACCACCACGGCCACUGUCUUGGCGCGGGCAAUUGCCAAGGAGGGAUUCAACCAGAUCACCAUGGGCGCAAAUCCCGUGGAGAUCCGCCGGGGAGUGAUGAUGGCCGUGGACGUGGUCAAGGAGAAGCUUAAGGAGAUGUCCAAGGCGGUGGGCACCCGCGAGGAGAUCCAGCAGGUGGCCACCCUGUCGGCGAACGGGGACUCCGAAAUAGGCCGCCUCAUAGCGGAGGCCACCGACAAAGUGGGUCCCAAGGGAACCAUUACCGUGAAGGAGGGCAAGCGCCUCAAGGACGAGCUCACCAUCAUCCAGGGCCUGCGCUUCGACACCGGCUUCGUCUCCCCGUUCUUCGUGAACAGCUCCAAGGGCUCCAAGGUGGAGUUCGCCAACGCCUUCGUGAUGAUCUCCCUGAAGAAGAUCAGCGCCCUGUCGGAGAUCGUGAAGGGACUGGAGCAAUCCCUGCGCCAGCGUCGUCCCCUGAUCAUCAUCGCCGAGGACAUCAGUGGCGAGGCCCUCAACGCCCUGGUCCUCAACAAGCUGCGGAUGGGUCUCCAGGUGUGCGCGGUGAAGUCGCCCAGCUACGGCCACCACCGCAAGGAGCUCAUCGGCGACAUCGCCGCCGCCACGGGAGCCACGAUCUUCGGGGACGACGUCAACUACUGCAAGCUGGCGGAGGCCAGGCUGGAGGACCUGGGCCAGGUGGGCGAGGCCGUGGUCACCAAGGACAGCACCAUGCUGCUGCAGGGCACUCCCAAGGCGGGCCUGCUCGAGAUGCGCAUCCAGCAAAUCCAGGACGAGCUGGCCGACAAGCAGACCAAGCCGGAGCAGCGGGACCGUCUGCGCCAGCGCCUCUCCGCCCUCACGCGGGGCGUGGCCGUGCUCCACAUCGGCGGAGGGAGCGAGGUGGAGGUGGGCGAGAAGAAGGACCGCGUGGUGGACGCCCUGAACGCCACGCGGGCGGCCAUCGAGGAGGGCAUCGUCCCCGGCGGCGGCACCGCCUUCCUGCGCUGCAUUCCCCACCUGCAGCGGCUCAAGGUGGCCAGUCCGGACCUGCAGAAGGGCGUCGACAUCGUCUGCAACGCCCUGCGGAUGCCCUGCCAGACGAUCGCCCAGAACGCGGGCGUGGACGGCGCCAUGGUGGUGGCCAAGGUUCUGGCCGGAAGCGGUGACUUCGGCUACGACGCCAUGGGCGACCAGUACUGCCAGCUGGUGGAGAAGGGCAUCGUCGACCCCACCAAGGUGGUGCGCACCGCCAUCACGGACGCAGCCGGCGUGGCCUCCCUCCUCAGCACCACCGAGGUGGUGAUCACGGAGUCCCGCAACGACGAUCUCUUGGCCAAACUGGCAGGAGCUGGCGGGGGAAUGGACGACGGGCUGGACAUGAACAUGGGAGGAUUGGAGGAGCUGGCAGCCCUGAGUGGCUUGGGCGGCAUGGGGGGAAUGGGCGGCAUGGGCGGAAUGGGGGGAAUGGGCGGGUUCGGGGGCAUGGGAGGAAUGGGCGGCCUCGGCGGGAUGGGUGGUGCUGGAAUGAGCGCUUCCAGCCGCGAGGGACCCUCCGCCGAGGAGAUGAACGAGAUGGUCAAGGCGAUUCCCGGCAUGGAGCAGGUCGAGGUGCAUGACAUUGACAGUGGUGCUAUGUAAAGUACACCCCCUGCUUCCCCAAAAGUUAACCGUUUGCAUACAGCUUAAAUUACUUGUGAUAUUUGGAAGGCGCGAAUUCGAUUCCGAAAUAUAAAUUGUCAAUUGUGAGAUCUUCAAGUGUUGUUCAGUUGAUCAAAUUAAAUUGUUGAAUACUGAAA